AUCUAAUGGACAGAGAAAAAUAUACAUAUAGAUUUACAGAGUCCGGCUAUAGAAGAAAGAGACUCGAUCCAUUUUUAGCAUUUUGCUUCACCACCUUUCUCUCUCCACCACCCCCUCCCAUAUUUCACAUUGCAGCUUCUUUCUCUCUCUCUUCCAUUUUUUUUUUUGAUUCAUUUCUUUCUCCCCAAGAAAAUUGUCUCUCCCUUGAUCCGUUUUUCAUCGCCGGCCACGUUACGAUGGGGCGCGGUCUCUUCUCCUGCUUCGGCAAAGCCUCCUCAUCGUCAAAGCACGCCUCUUCGAACGAGAAUGCCACCGCCGACUUGUCGGCGGAGGAGCAAAGAAGAGGCGGAGCCGUGGUGGUGGAGCUUUUCUCAUCACAGGGUUGCGUCACCUCCCCUGAGGCGGAGCUCCUCCUGUCGAGGCUAGGAAGGGGUGACUUCAACCUUGACGCGCCGGUGAUAUUGUUGGCCUAUCAUGUGGACUAUUGGGACUAUAUGGGCUGGAAGGACCCUUUUGGGUCGAGCCAAUGGACUGUCAGACAAAAGGCCUAUGUGGAGGCCCUAAAGCUUGAUACCAUGUUUACGCCCCAAGUUGUGGUCCAAGGAAAGGCCCAAUGUAUGGGUAAUGAUCAGGAUGCUUUGCUGUCCUGCAUUGCAGAUGCACCGAGAGUCCCUGCUCCCACGCUCCAGGCGACAUUCCAAAGGUCUACACCAGAGUCCUUGCAAGUCUCACUUACAGGAGCUUUAAGGACUAAGGUGGACAGUCAUGGUGCCGAUGUCAUGGUGGCUCUAUACGAGAACGGUUUGGUGACUGACUGCCCCAAGGGGAGAACAAAGGGCGUGUUCUGGCCAAUGACUUUGUCGUUAGAAGGCUCAAUAAGCUCAGUUCUGUCAAAGACAUCUCUGCGAAGAAAACAGUUUCAGGAACUGUCAAUUUCUCUCUAUGGGAAGGAUUCAACAGCAGCAAAUGUGGUGUUGCUGUCUUUGUGCAAAAUGGAUUUCAUCAUAUUUUCGGUUCGCAGAACUUUCAACUGCCAGACAAUUUAUAAUCUUUUAACAGCUUGUAUUCUUUGGUAUUUUCCCGCCGAUGUUUCCAGGAGUUGAGUUUGGAUAGCUUGUGUAUUUUCAAUGAUAAAAAUCUGGCUAGCUUUCCUGAUGUUAUGUACAGGAUGUGUAUGGGUUUAGGUUAAUGACUUGUAUGUGUGUUUUUUUUUCUUCAGAGUUUUCUUUGUUUUAUGAGUUGGAACAUUAGGAGGUGGAGGAAGAGUUCUUGCUAUUUGGAAUGGGAUGUUGCUUUUGAUUUUCUGUUAACUUUAAGGAUG